AUGAUGAGGCCGCACCCGACGCAUUGCGGUGUGUGCAAUGUGAACUACGCAGACCCCACAAAGGUGAAACCUUUCCAACAACAAUCCAAAAACUCCAACGGAUCUGUGUUGAACCUGACGUGUGCGUCGUGUAUCAACUUUAAGUUGCUGAAGUUAAAGCUCGAACUUAUUGAAACGGAUCGUAUUAGCCAAUUGGCCAGCAACCAGGUUGAUGGCGUGUUGAGUCAUUGUAUCAAUGGAAGGGCUUCUGGAUUUAUUCAAGAGUACCUAGAUGUUGGUGAUAAGGGCACGGACAGGCAAAAGCUUCUUAGUCAGACAGCUGGUUCAAAUUCGCAUGUUUCGAUUCCGCUUCCGUCUGCUGAUUCAGCAGCCAGGUUGGCCCAGGUUUUGCUAAGCGUUGAAGUUUCGCAUUAUAAGAGAAGCAUAUCGCGGAAUAAGACCAGGAUCGCUAUGCUUGCUCAAGAAGUCGAUUCUUUGAAGGCAGAGCUAGAGGCACCAAAGGAGAAUCUUCGCCAGAGACGGAUCCAUCUAGAAGAGGAAACUACCAAGUUGCAAGAUAUGUAUGCCAAAUCUAGGGACUUGAUCCAGCGUGGAAUUGUGGAAUACAGAAAUGAGAAGUCUGAUGCCGUCAAGAAGCUUUUGUCUAAUGCCAGGUCAAAGAUGUUCCAGCAAGAGAUCAAAGUCUUUGGAGUGAAGGAGGUGAACUACUCCAAGAAACUCCAUUCAAAGCAACUGGCAGAGUUCAAAGCAAAUUCGCAAUCUAAGCAUCAAAAUUACGAUCGCAUUCAAAGCUUAAACCGAAACCUGAUAGCCAAUAUUCGUCUUUACAAUAAAGCCAAGGAACCUGUGUUUGAUGAUCUAAAACUGAUGAUGUGCUUCAUUCCCAUAAUACCGAUCCCACAGUUCUUCAAUUUCUCGGCUCCUAUUAUCAACACCUCCUUGGAGAAUAUUUGCAGGUUUAUCCAGAUCAUGUCGUUGUACCUGAAUGUGAGCUUGCCUUAUGAUAUGGUUGUCUUUCCAACACCCGAGUUUGUCCACGGCAUCAAUAAGAAGACCCAGCAAAAUCUCGAGCCCUUGAGACCUCUGUUCUCGUCCAAUAUUUCUGACAAGAGUGAGUACCAUACUGCCUAUAUCCCAUCCAAGAUGGUAGACGGGAAGUCCCAUAUAGAGUUUCUGGCUGAUGCUUCCAACUUACAGGUUCUGGCCUUCAGCAGGGGUCUUGCAUGUUUGAUUAUCGACAUGAUGUAUCUCAUCAAAGUCUUGGAUGAAAGGGCUAAAGAAAUCAAUGUUGUGAACGAUUUAAAGAUUCGCUCUUUUGAAGAAGCUGUGAAGCUUGAUGGUCUGGUGUGGAUGCUGAUCUAUAAUGAAAAGUAUCACGCUUCUCGAUAUGGAGCACCCCGGGAGCAGGAUCAAGAACGAAAUGAUACAGAAAACUCUUCCAGCAGAGGAGACGAAAAGCAUGUUCUGGACAUCUCCAAAACCCGAGCACCCACCGACAGAAGGGUAUCCAUCUCUGAAGCAUUAGUCGGAUUCUGGAAGAAAAAAACGAAACCCGUUCCAGUCAACACCUCCAAAGAGGUUACAAAAGAGCCGUCACAGGAACGAUCUGAUUCAGACGAGAAUCUGGAUUUACGAUACAGUUUUUGGAAGGAGGAGAAGGCAGAGGUUGAUGCUGGAAAGAAGAGUAGCUCAUCCAUUGUGUUCGAAUCGGUUCUGGAUUCCAAGUUUGAAGCGCCAACCCUGACCUCAAGCAAAGACCUGUACAAUUUUGAGAAGUUGCAUAUGUACAUUUACGAGUUUUUCGCGCGAGAGAUUCUGAAGCGGAUAGAGGACCAGUCAAAGAGGGCUUCUGCGGAAUCGUCCACAUUUAUUGUUUCGCUGGAUCACGAUGAGACCGUCCCAAAACAACAGAAAACCAAAAAGAAAGAUCCACCAAACUUCAUACCGCCUCCUACUGUUACCACAUCCACUGUUGAGUUCAAUGCUUCGUCGGGUCACGAUCACACCAACCUCCAUGUUAACAGUGUGCAAACCACCAGGAGAUCUGUAUCUACGCCCACGAAGUCAAGGCCAAAAAAGCCUCACCACAAUAGUGGGCGCUCUGUUUCGUCCAAGGCUUCCAAGGCUUCCAAGGCAAACUCUUCCAGGUCUACAAACACGUUUGACAACUGGGAGGUCAUAUAA